AUGUGGACACUCCUUUGGCCGCAAGAGCCUUCUUGCGUCGCGAACGGCUGCCCCACUUCGCCGCAAGCUGCAGCUGUGGAAGCGAUGCAGGGUGACAUGAGGCUGCUGCUCAACCAGGAGCUGGCGGUCUUCCGCCAAGAGUUGCUGAAGGAUGUCAAGCAGCUCUUGGUGGACACCCUCUGCAAGCCGAAG